AUGGCUGCAAAGGCAGGAGACGAAUCCCUUGUCACCCGGCUCCUCAAAACUGACUUGUAUGGUCCAUUGUAUGACGAUCUGGUUUGGAUUGCAAUCAGUGCGGCAACUGUUCAGGGGCAUGUGAGUAUAGUUAAGCUUCUUGUUGAGGACCCUUCCACUCCCAAAUACGAAAGCGUCAUAUACGGGACAAAUGCGUUACAUUUAGCUGUGGAAUAUGGGCAAGAGACUAUCUUAAGAUACUUGCUAUAUUCCAAGAAAGUUGAUUUCGACAAGGUUGACGACGAUGGAUGGAGCUUGAUUUGCCUCGCCAUCUUCCACGGGAACAAAUCCAUCCUCAAGGUGCUGCUCACGGAGGUAUCUCAACGGGAGGUGCCUUAUGCUCAGAGAGGCUUAACUCUGCAAAAAAUGCAUAAUGGUGUCCCACCUCUGCAUUUGGCAGCUGCUAUUGGUGACCUAAGCAUGGUGGAAAUGUUACUAGGUUCUGCCGGCAAGCACUUUCGGUUGUUAGAUUUGUAUAAAAACACACCUCUCCAUCUGGCUGCUGCGGGUAGUUUGAGCUAUAUGAUCGAGACCCUCUCGAUCACAGAUCCCAGUUUGAGAUCAAAAUAUGCAGGGAUGCCCGCGAAUUUCGUCACUAUACCUCAACAUUUUGAGGUUGUACAGCUGUUGGCCUCCAGACUUUUUCCUUGGUUGAACGCAGAAAACCGCGAGGGAAACACAGCGUUGCACUUGGCUGCACAAUUCGGUCACCUCAAAGUUGUUCAACUGUUGGCGCACGACCCCGGUGUGAAUUUGAAUGCCACCAAUAACGUUGGAAAGACACCUUUGAAUUUGGCGAUUGAAUACGAACGGUACGAUAUCGUGGUGUACCUGCUUCGUGUCUCCACUGAUGAUAUUGCUGCACGCGCCAGCGUCUACAAUCAGGUGCGCGAAGCACAAGCAAGCAAAGGGAAUGCCAAUUAUGGGGCGUCUAUCCGAGAGGAGAAAUGUGAUAAUUUUGGAGACAACGAGGGUAUUGAAGGAAGAGGAGAUCAAAGAUGA